AUGACGGAAUCUAGUCGAAAACUAGCACUUGAAGAGCUACACCAUCCACCUUUAUGGCCUCUUUCUGGAUUUGCGAUUGCCAAAGGUUUGCCAAGUCUUGUCAUGGGUGAUGUGAGUUGUGAAGAAAGUAGAUGGGAAGCGUAUCAGGAAAAAAAGAUCACGGGAAACUGUAUUCAAUCAAUACAAAAGUUUCAAGCACUGGCAGCAGAGCAGCAGAAUCAGCGACAACGUGUUGUCGCGCUGCUUGAGAAUCGCGAGUCGGCACAAAAGUUGUUUAAUGGAGAAAUGUGUUUUGAAGCAAAAAGUGUUGGAGCAGCUAAUCCGUUUGGAGGAGGAGGAAAGACUGCUGAUACUCGGUUUGGAGGAACAGCAGCUCCGUUCGGUGGACCGACCACAGCGGGGAAUCCGUUCGGUAAUGCUGGUGGUGGUGGUGCUACUCUUUCAUCGUCACUGGGGUUUGGAACCCCUUCUACUUCAGCUGCUAAUCCCUUUACUGGAGGAACUAAUAGCACACUGUUUGGAGGAGCUGCUGCUAACCCGUUUGGAGGUGGUAGUUCAACAACGACUUUUCAAACACCGUCAGGAGUGGGAACGGGAGGUAGCGCAGGAGUCUUUGGAAAUGCUGCUGCUCCAUCUUCGCCAUCUCCAUUCGGUAAUCCAGUGACACCUGCAGCAAAUUUGUUUGGAACACCUUCUGUAUCUGGUUUUGAAGCAUCGUCAACAUCUCAGUUUGGUGGAGCAGUCUCGGCCACAGCUUCGCCGUUCGGAAAUGGAACUUUGGCACCUACCGCUUUUAGCAACGGUGUCACUGGUUGCGGGUUGGUUAGAAUCGGUGGGGAUGCUGCAAAACCGGCAUCUUCGCCUUUUGUCAGUGGGACAGCAACACCGUCGUCUUCACCGUUUGGGGUGCCCUCGGUCACUCCACCUUUUAAUGGUAUCUCGGAAGCAACAUCGAUUUCGAACACUUUUGGUAACACCGCGUCUUCUAACAAUGCUACAACGUUUGGCGAGUCUUCAUCAGGAUUUGGUUCACCAUUCGGCAACAUUACAGGGGCCACAAAUCCAUUUACAGCGUCUGCGUCGUCCAGCACAACCACUCCAUCCUCAUUCGUGACAUCAUCACGUAGUCCGUUCGAUGCCUCGACAGCUCCGACAAGCGCCCCUAGUGUAGCAGGCGUAUCAUCGGUGUCAACCACGACUGCUCCACUGGCGGCCCCAAUUAGUAGUCCUUCCCCUGAUGCUCGCGACGACAACUGGAACACGGAGCAAUUCCGCCAACCGCAGUUUUCGUUAGGUAUGGUACCCACCGUACCACCUCCACCACAAUUUUGCUAG